AAAUGUUUUCAUCACCUUCUACCACUGUAUUCAGUAUUUAACGAUGUUUAUUUGUUGUCCAGGUCACCACGGGGCCGCGUGGUACCAGAGGGCGUCUACAACAACGCACACUUCAUGCACGCCGCGACGUCGCACGUCGGCGACAUCGUACAGGUGCUCACGCAGUCUGGAAGCUUAUGGGAAGGAGUCUUUAAAACUUUUAGCGCACAAUUUGAAGUUGUUUUAGAAGUGGCUCAUAGAGUCGACCAAGAAGGCGUUGUUGCCGUAGAUUCAGUAGUUGAGAAAUUAAUCUUCAAGCCACAGGAUGUUGUCUCCAUUAGGGCGAAGGAUUCGGACCUUGAAUACGCCACCCAUGACGUUUUCCAGACAGAUAGUGCUAUAUCUAGCAAGUUUAAUGGUAACGGACGAACAGGCGAGGAGCGCUACCUCGAACCUUGGGACGGCUGCGACGUUGAAGUCGGCGAGUCUCCUCAACUGAACGGGGACGCGCUACUCGAAGAGUUGGAGCUCGACCACCGCGCCAACGGCUGGGACGCCAACGACAUGUUCCGUAAAAACGAAGAGGUGUACGGCGUACACAGUACCUAUGAUCACUCGCUGGCUGGCUACACGCUGCCGCUGCAGAGAAAGGAUACUCAAGAUUAUAGGGACGCGGAAGCAAAAGCAGAAGAGAUUGCAGCUGAGAUAGAAAACGCGGCUUCGUCGAAGGCGCGCAUCGAGUUGGAGAACGGUGACGAAGAGGAGAGGUUUGCGGCCGUCGUGCGCCCGCAAGAUGGCGCCUCGAGCGCCGGCAAAUAUGUUAUACCCAACAAGAGGAAGAACAUGCAGACUGGCAAGCUGGUAAAGCCGGGCGCGAGCAACAAUGGCGGGUCCCCACCGUGUGUGGUGCGUGGGGGCGCGGGGGGCGCGGGCGCGGCGCUGGCGGCCAAGGACAAGGAGCAUCGCGCGCCGCGCCCGCACCUCGCGCCGCUGCCCGCCAUGCCGCCGCCGCCCGAGCGCCGCCAGGACGACGCGCCGCUGGGCGUAAUGGGCGCGGGCAGUGCAGGCAGCAAGAGCUACGCAGCGCAGGCCGCGCAGGCUGCCUACCACGUGCCGCCCUUCCCGCCGCACCAGCAACACGCGCCUGCCACCAGUGUCAACAAGGUGAACGGCGAGCCCCGAGCGCCGCCACACCCGCGACAGGGAUUCCCACCACACCAUCAUCACAACCCGCCGCCGUCGGGCGAGGCGCUGGGCCGGCCGCCGCGACACGCGCCGCCAGAGCCGCGCCGCGUCGAAGACGUGCAGGACCUGCGUAAGUUCAGCCAGGACUUCAAGCUGGUGUCAGCAGGCGGUGUCCCGCCGUCCCCGCAGCCGCAGCCGCCGCAACAGCAGCAGCAGCCGCAGCCACAGCCGAGCCAGCCCCCGCCGGCGCCCAGCCCGCCGGAGGUGUCGGCCAACGCGUGUGCGGCCGACGCGCACGCCAAGCGCCCGCCCAAGCAACACACGCCGCCCGUACUGCACAAGCAGGCCCCGGCGGCCCCGAAGGGCGAGUCCCCGGGCGCGGCGGAGGAGCGCUCGCUGCCGUCGGCGUCGCCGCCGUCGUCGUCGUCGCCCGGCGUGGAGCGCGUGGCCGCCAUCAAGAAGUCCACGCUCAACCCCAACGCCAAGGAGUUCAACCCUGCCGCCAAGCCCUUCACGCCGCGCAGCCCCAGCACGCCCAACCCCAGCCGGCCACAUACCCCCGGUACUCCGUCAGGUGUGGGCGUGGGCGUGGGAGUAGGCGUCGGUGGCGUAGGCGUGAACUUGGGUGGAGUCAGUGUAAUGGGUCCCGGAGUCAGUUAUGUACCCGCACCGCAUCCGCCACCGCCUAUGCAAUGCUACCCGCAGGUGGCGGCCGUGCCCUACGCGAUGAUGGCGGCCGCCGCCGCCGCCGCGCAGCAGCCGCCCGCCUACCUGCCGCAUCCGCAUCCCGCCAUGGAGAUGGGGUGCGAGUGUCGCCAGUACGCGCCGCCUAUAUUCAUGGUCCCCGACAAGCGCGAGCGAGCCGACGCGCUGGCUUAUGGCGCGGCGAUGGGAGGUGGCGCCGGAGUAGCGGGCGUCGCCGGCGGCGCUGGACAGCCGCCGAUGCAGUCACAGCAACAGAGAAACUUCAGAAAAGGCUCGGGCAUGCAGGUAGCCGCGGCCACGGGGCAGCCACUGCUGGCGCCGGCGCCCAUGCAGCAGUUCGUGCCCUACCCGCACCCGCACCCCGCGCCGCACCCCGCGCAGCCCGCGCUGCAGUACCAGCACAUGGUCCGCAUGUACCACGGCGGCGGCGUGGGCGCCGUGGGAGCAGUAGGCGCCGUGUCGGGCGUGGGCGGCGUGGGCGCGGGCGUGGGGUCGGGCGAGGUGGGCGGCGCCACGCCGGUGGGCUACGCGCCGCCGCCCGCGCCGUCGCCCGCGGCCGCGUCGCCCGCGCUGUACCCGCCGCCCUCGCCCGCGCACACGCCGCACCCGCACCCGCACCACCCGCACCACCACUACCAGCAGCCGCCCUUCCAGACAUACCACCAGGUGCUGUGCCCGCUGAUGGGGCCGGGUGGGUCCGGCGGUCACCACCACCACCACCAUCACCUGGCCUACCUCAACCACGCGCCGCCCACCGCCUCGCCGCCGCAGCCACACCCACACUCGCUACAGGGCGUGCUGCUGCCGGGCUCGGGCGCGGCCACGCCGGCCGCCGCGCCGCACCCCUAGCGCCGCGCGCCGCCACGCCCGCCCGCCGACACGCGCCCGUCUAUGUCUCUAGCUCGACCCUACACAACAAUGUUUGUAACCCAAACUGUUGAUUCCCUAACAUUUGUAGAAACCAAAUUUGUAUAAAAGUGCACUUGCGAUGCUUCUUAUUAUGGUAUGUGUAAAUUGUAAAAUAAUGUCCGAGGUGACUUUGCAAUGGAGGUACGACGAGCGAUGACUCCUCCAGUGUGUCGCUAGCUCGUACGCCCUCAGUAAGCUAAAAUCUCCGCAAAUUAUAUGUAACAAACAUUUAGAAGGCAAAGAUUUUUUUACUAUAAUUUUUUAUCAAAAUUAGCACGUAGACUAGGAGGCCUUCAUUUUUUUAUCAAUGAAUAAGUGUCACAAGCGGUCACCACGUGAAAAUGAUAUUGUAAAGCCAUUCGCUUGGCGAUAUUAAAUGUUCAUUUGUACGUGUGACGCAAUAUCCAGCUCAUCUCGCUUAAACUUAUAUUGCUCAUACAAUAAGGUGACGCGGCUAAAAGCAAAACGUAAUAUAUUUUUCUAACUUUAAAGAUACAACGUAAAGUAAUAACUAAAUGCCUUCUUUUCAUCGCAAUAAUUGGUGUAUUUUGAUGUUUUUGUAAUAUUUUUACUUUGAAUUUUCGCGUGGCAAAUUAUUUUUAAGUUUUAAUUGUUGUAUGAUGUUCGUUAUAUACUAGUAGUGAACGCCGUAACCUGUUAUUUUUAAAUGUUCAAAGUCAAUUCUUAGCCCUCUUUAAAAGAAUAUUAUUGUUACUUUUGCCGAUUGUUAUUCAAACGAACAUGAUAAACAUGCAUUGUGAUAUAAACCAAAGAUAGAAGAACGUCGUCAACUAAAUAUUGUUGUCAUAUUAAAUGGACGACAAUAUUUAUUUUGACGAUAAAUACGCGGUUUGGAAUUUUAUUAUAAAAAUAAAUUGUCACGUGGAAACUCAGAACUAGUAUGUUACCUUCUUAUAGAAACUGGCAACUCUUCCAAAAUUUUUAUACAGUGUUGCCAUUUAAUUUUAAAACCGUGUUUAUGGUAUAAUGCACACAGACCGCUUAGCGCGGCGGGGCAAAUGAUAAAGAAUGUUAUAUAAUAUGGUAUUGUAUGAAUUACUUGUUUGUUUGUAUGUGUGUAAGGAUAGCAAGUCUUGUACGGACAGUGUGGUCCGCCCUCACGCGGAGCUGGGGCGGACAUAUGUAUUAUAAUUAGAUAAUUCACUCUCUAUGAUACUUAUCGGCGGCAGUCGCGAGGAAUUCGAUGAGACGACUCCACUGUUUAUUGUAUUUAUUAACAGAAGAGAGGUGUGUGCUUACCUUGUAUAAAUAUAAAGUAAAUCGAAAUAAAUAUCAUAAUAGGGUUUGAUAUAACGAGUCUACAACUAUUAUAAAUAGGAUAUUAUAUUGUGUACCAUGAUAUUUAAGUUCGGCCCCACGCACCGGCAGUUGUGUCAUCGAGUUCCUCCGCGGCGGCGCCGGUUGUCCUUGUUUCCUCGUUUCUAGCGACGUAUCGCCAUUCUGAAACAGCGAUAAGUUCGUUAACGCGUAUUUAUUUAGGUUUUAGGUUAAUUAAUUGUAAAGAUACCCUCCGCGAUUGCAUUAACAACUCUGAAGUGUCAAUUACACUUGAAAAUAUUUUAGAAAUCUGUGAAUAGUUUGUCGACAAUUCGAAUCGUGAAAUUUUAAGUGACGUUAUGAUGCUAGGUGACGAUUUCAAAUGAUUGCAACCUCUUUCAUUGGACAGUCGAUGUUCAAGAUAUUAGUAUCGGGACCAUUCUUGAUGCUCAAUCUAUGAAGAUUAAAACUAUACUGUCUUGCGAGUCAUUAGUUAUACUGAUUGUUUUUUAAUAUUUAUAUGUUCGCAUCUUUCGUCUAGUAAUGAUUGAAACGAUACUCGAUUUAUCACACUUUGUAAACUUCUUAGUCUGGAUGCGAAAUUUCUGCACUCAUCGAAUAAGAUUAGUGCCCUUUCUCUUUCAAUCAUAAAAAUAUGAAAUAUUUUGUUUGUCAUCUUUUAAAUCAGAUAUAAUAUUCAUAGUUUGAAUGUAUGUGUAUGGCAAGACAGCCCUUUGUCGUAAAUAUCAGUGAAAACGCAUUGUAUUUGUGUCAUCGGUCUUUUAAAUACUCCUAUCAUCCUUGUAGAGGUCACGGGGUGGAUAGAUUCUUACUCAAUUCGUCAAAAGCUGGGAAUUCUCUUGUUUUAAUGCGGACAGCCAAAUGUAAUACUGUUGAAGUUCUUCUUCCAAAAUGGUCUACAUGGCCAGACUUUCAGUCUUUAGAAUACAUGUUUAUUUUUGAAACAGAAGGGUGUGCAAACCAAUUGAGAUGAAUUCACAGUUUUUUUUAUGUUAAACCAAGCCUUCCAAGACUUUAUAUUAUUAAUUUAUUUAUUUAAAGGCCUAGUUAACUACCUUUUUGUUAAUUUUGCAAACAUCAAAAACAAUAUGUGCGUGUCUUACAAAAACCGCGCCCGCAGAGUAUGUCGUGCGACAGUCUUUCUAAAUUACCUUUCGCGUUUCAAGGAAUUGUAACCGUAUGCGUUACAGACGCAAAUAGGUUUGACAAUAAAAUGUAAAAUUUGAUAGAUAGGUGUAAGGAAGCUAGGAUGCAUAUAUUAUAUAUAUUUACGACAUAACUGACUCUAUUCAAUUACAAUAAUGUCAGGUUUGUCAGGUAAAUACGUCAUCGGAUAUAUAUCGUUAAAUAAAAGUAAGGCUCACAAGAUUGCACAAUCGAGAAACAUUUUCCCCAUAGUGUUGUAUAGGUAUUUAUUGAUAAGUUUCAGCUUAAUCGAGGAUCGUAAAAUGCUUAAUAUAAAGUGUGGCAUCAAGGGGAGCUAAGUCCAUGACCUCCGCGCGGUGCUCCCUGGGUAGCGCCAAAUGUGGACGAUGACAUUCACAUUCUUUUAAAUAGAUUUGCUAUGUCGACUAUAUCAUGAAAGCAUACCCAUCGAAAUGAAUAACUGUGACGUGAAUAACCGUGCUGCUGAGUUUUUUCUUUCUUUUAUAAAGUUAUUCCAGAUUUUUCCUAUUAUGUAUAGAUGCAUUCCUUUUUUUUUGUUUGUAAAAAAAUAUCAAAAAUAUAUAAACAAAUAAUACUCCCACUGUGUUGCUCUAUUUCAAUACACAUAGGAUUAUGUACUGCAAGAAAUAAGGGUUUUUGUAGAUUUAAAAUAAUAAAUAUAGACGUAUUUAUAUAAAUAAACAUACAGAUUGCGUUAUAAAAAGUUGUGUAUCAAAUCUAAAUAAGUCCACGAAAAAUAAAUAAUAGUUGUAAAUAUGUAAAUAUGAUUAUAUAGAAGGGAAAUACUAGUGUCCUUUCCCAUACGACGGCUUAUUUUCGUGUCUAAUUUGUGAUGUAUAAUAAAGAUGUUUCGAUAAUGUUAACAUUUCAGAAAAUCACAAAAAAAAUGUUUGCGGAAAGGGCCUACAAGACCCGUACCACGUUCAUGACCGUAGAAUGGUUAAAUGUAGUUUUUUUUUUUCUCGAGAACAUGGUAUGGAGUCUCGUGUACUGUUUUAUUUUUCUUUUUUUUCUUGUUUUAAUUUAAAAUUUUUAUCGCGUGAGUGAGUCCACCGCGUAAGUUUGUUGCUAAAUGAGAGUAUGAUAAUUAAAAAAAAUGUAUGUGCGUGUGUUGAUUGUUGUGCGCCAUAUAAUAUUAUCGAUAUAUUUUUUGUGUGAAGUGUCAUGACUAGUGACGCGGACAUGUUUAUGUUUUAGCUAGGGAUAUACUACAUUUCUUUUCUCGAAAAUUUUUACGUGCUUACGAAAGACGUUCGAGUUCCUUUGGCCAUCACAAUUUAAUAUAAAAAGGUUGUGGUAACAGUUUUUUUAUAAGAAACCUUUGUAUUGGGAUAAUGAAAUAUAAUGCAACGAUGUUUCGAUAUCGGUUAUGUACUAUGUUGUAUAUACAUCGCUUACGCACACUGAUGUAGCAUUUAGAUUUGUAAAAGGAACUGACGAAUCAGACAACCGACUGUCGACAACCUUCCGUAAGAGACGAUCAACGUAAACUGAAUAGGCAAUGUGUUUUCAUCUCGCUCAGGCGUUAUAGAAAACGUUUCGAAGGUGAGUUGGAUCACUCUUCGACAUCGGUCCUAUGUUGCCAUGGUACUGAUACUAUAUCUAGCGGAGUGAAUAGAAGUUGUUGAGACCACUCAGCCUGCAUCGGCUGUCGUAAAUCAAGUCUAUUUAACUCAAUGCAUAUUGUGACUACAGCUGAUCACGUGUUGUGGCAAAAAACUAUAAUGGUGUAUGAUUUUUGUAUUAUAAUCAUUCCCCUCUUAUGGAUCCAAUAGUAUUUACUAUUCAGUCUAUUAUAAGAAUCGGGAACUUUUUAGUUCCUUUAGUUCAAGGUGUCUAAGCAACUCCUAUUUACUUAUUUUACUUUUGAAGCAAGUAGAAUUUUCUUCAAAGCAUAUUGCUACUUUCAUCGUUUUGAUCAUGUCGCUGUCCAAUCGUUAGGCUCUUCAGUGCUCAUGAAGCAUCCCUCGUAACUCCAUAGCAACUUCUUGCUUCAAAAGCAUGACCAUCAAGGAAAAUUACAAUUGUGAAAUUAGGGCAGCUCUCUGAGUGAGCAGCUGCGCAAUUUUUAUACCUAGGUGUAUAAUUCCUAUAUGUAAAUAUUUGCCACCGACUUAAUCGUCGGCGCGACCGAUUCGUGUGCCGAUUGUAUGUAUAGAAUAAAUUCUAUAAAAUUGCCUUAUAAAUGUGUGUGUUACCCUCCUGUCGGGGGUCGUAUGAGAGAUAAUGUUACCAACGUGUGAACCCGGUGUCCUGACAUUGUAACAAAACGCCCCUGAAACAAGACCUGUACUGGUAAACUAGGACUGUCCAAGCAAUUUACAAAGAAACGCGUUUUGGUAAAAUUUCAGCUCGCCGGGUGUAAAUUUUGUAAAGACUGAAGGGAAAUAAUGUAUGUUGAAACAAACCCAGAAUAUUGUAAAGUGAAAUUGGUUUUUAUAGGAGUGAAAUAUGAGCCUAAAACUCUUAUAUUGUAUGAUGUAAACUUCGUCGCGAAUCAGUAGAAAUCAAUGCGUAAGGACUACAUUGGCAUUAUUUAUAUAUUGCUGUUGAAACAAACUUAUUGCCAAAAUACUGAAAUCAUUUUUUUAUUACAAAAAUACAUCGCUUGGUCGUGACGCGAGUACUGCAGUCCUGUAGAUGGCUAAUAAUCAUUAUUAGCUAUACUUCUACUGAUUCGAGACAAAGGGAAUGAAGUUGUAUAAUAAAGCUUUGCAGUCCGCUUGGGAAGAUUUGAUUUGUGAAAAAAGUGCUUUUUAUUUGUGAGCCCAACAUCGGGCAAGUAACUGGAUUGUGCCAAAAAAUGGUAUGGCAUCGUUUAUCGUUUGUUGGACACACAACACCUGUGUCGACGAAUAUUUUUCAAUAAAAAAGUAAAAAAAAUGUGUUUUGAACACAACA